GUCUUGUAACCUGUCAAGUUCUGCUCUUCUUUUCCCUUUUGAUAGGCGAAGAGCAUUGCAUGUUUUUGCUGCGUUAUUACGUAUCCAAGGGUGCAGCAGCAGCACAGCCGGACUUUUUUUUUUUUUCUGCGGCUGUUACAUGCGAACUACAGCAUAGGCUAUUAGUCGGUGAAUUGAGCGGCUGGCGGGGGUUCCCAAAGAGACCAGGACAAGACAUCAAAAUCGCAUGACGGCUGUCGGACCGCCCUUCACCGUUCGUUCUCCUCAUUCAUCCAUACUCUUUGCAUCUACUUUUUCUUCCUCCGGCGCUCGGCAAUCUUCAUUCGCUACGCGUGUUGCUGCUCCGCUUAUUUCGUGAUUAUGCUUACGUUGCUGUGAAUUGUGAACCGGGCUCCGCAUAUUGCAUGAAUGAGGUGACUUGAGUGAGGGAGGGCGUGGCACAAGAGGGCGUCGAGAUAUUAAAAAAAAAAAAAAACAAGGCACGCGACGACUCUGGCCAGAGAUGGCUUCGGUUGGCCUGGAAGUCGUCUCGCGUCCGCAUCACGAAUCGCCAUACGACGCGCUCCAGCGGGAGCAGAGUGACGCCAUCAUCAGAGUUGCGGGCUACCGUCGAGAGGACUAUGCCAUAUUGACUGUGUGUGUCUCGCACAGCGACCACUACGUCGUCAAGUCAUCGAUUUUGACAUCAAGCAUCGUUCCCAGGGCGGGACUCGGUGCCUUUGAUCAGCUCCCCGUGGAGCUGCAGUUUCAGACUCUCCGCCAUAUGGAUAUGCAGUCGCUCUUCAACCUCCGCCAGACCAACCUCAGGGCCCGCCAGCUUGUGGACUCUCUGAAAGAGUACAAGGCUGCCGUAUCGUAUGGCCUGACAGCGUUCUGCGCGCUGCUGCGAACCAAGCUCGCUACACAUGUCACGCUGCUGGAUUUCUACCGAGUGCUGUGCUCCAAGGAUUGUGCCUUUUGCGGCAAGUUUGGCGGUUUUGUGUUCCUGCCCACGUGGAUACGCUGCUGCUUUGAGUGCAUCGAAGAGGACCCGGAAACAAGAAUGGUGAGGGUGGCCGAAGUGAGGAGGUUGUUUCGGCUCUCGCGCACCGAGGUCAGCCAGCAGCGGUCGUUUCAAUCGCUGCCGGGGCUGUAUACCGAGGGCUUAUAUUCGAUGAGGAGGUCCUACCAGCAACAUCGAAUCAAACUCGUGCCCUAUUUCCCCGCCAUGAAGGAGUUUGGAGACCGGCUGGAGACGGGGGCUGCUCAUUCGCAUAGGCCAUGUUGGGAUCCGGUUCACAACUUCAUGGCGUCGUGCGAACUUCCAUACUAUGAUCCGCAGACCCAGGUGGUUGAAAGCGGCAUCUCAUGUGCCGGCUGUGAGAGGACGGAAGAUGGGCAGCCCGUCGGGUUGAAUCCUCCGUUUGGGUAUAAUGAUUUGUUUGAUGAGAGGCCUUGGAGUGAAGUCUUCUCGCGAGAGGGAUAUCUGAAGCAUUUCAAGAUUUGUGCACGGGCGCAGGCGCUGUGGAAGUCUAGCCCGGAAGCUGUCUUUGAGGCUAUGAUGAAACAGGAUUCUUACCAGCUUUAAGCAGUUGGUCAAGCCGAAGGCUUUUGAUCUGGAGUUUUGAGUGUUGAAAUAUUAUGCCUGGAGCAUAGGGUGUUAUAAAAGGUGGAAGCAAUGGAGCUGAUAGUGGGUAAAAGUUGAGGCAUGAGUUGUGAUUCACAACAAGACUGCUGGGACACAAUGUCUGAAGAUUUAACUGGUGAAGUAGCAGGAGAAUACGAGAGCAUUUUCAUGGAGUAGGUUGUCAAAUAGCAUAGCAUAGCAUGCAUAGUAUAUAGCGUCUGAUUCAAGUCAACAUGUCGUAUGAACCCAGCAUCUAGACACAAUCUACCUGUGCAAACAUUGCACUACUAGGCAAUGAGAAAUUCUUUAUAAAGAAAAGAACGGGGGAAAAAAAAAAAGCACAUCGAGGCCAUUUCAUG